AUAUAUUAUAUGUAUAUGUAUGCACAUAUGUACCCGAUUGUACAUGUGUGCGUAUAUAUAUUUAUAUAAUAUAUAAUAUGUAUGUGUCAUAGUCGCUGGUUUGUUGUUAAACGUUCAAUUCCCGUUGGACGUUUUGCAAUCAUUUCGGUUUUUACACUCCGAGAACGCUGUCGUCGUGUAGGUUUUUCUCAAGCAAGUGCUCACUAGUAAAGUAAUUUUUUCGAUUUUUCUACUAAUUCGCACUGUGCACCGUAACAGUAAUCGAAAGUCGUAAACGGUAUAAGCGUAUGUGUGUGUGUGUGUGUGUGUGUGUGUGUAAUUGUGAGUUUGACGUGCGCGCGCUUAAGACUUGCUUUUACAUCACUAAUCAUCUCUAAUAAUGUCCAAAAAAUGAUCCUAACACCACUCGACUAGAAGAUCCACAAACACUGCUUUAUAGGAUCGAACUCACAUCACCAUUCUUGUACAGGUGUCAAAAUGUCGUUUAUGGUGAAGAAAAAACGAUACAAGUUCACCGUCAAUCUUUGCUUGGAAGAUUUAACAGCUGUACCAUUUGUCAAUGCUGUACUGUUUGCUAAAGUCCGUCUUCUUGAUGGGGGAAACUUCAGUGAUACUUCAUCCAGAGAAGAAGUUCGAGAUCAUACAGUCCGAUGGGGUUCUAAAUUCCAGUUUGUGUGCAAGAUGAGUGCCAAUGCGUCAACUGGAAUAUUGGAUCCGUGUAAUCUUAGAAUAUCUGUUCGAAAAGAACUGAAAGGAGGCCGUAGCUUUCAAAAACUCGGAUUUACUGAUGUCAAUUUGGCUGAACUGGCCGGAGCAGGAUUAAGCUCAAGGCGUUGCCUGCUGGAAGGAUAUGACACCCGACAUCACCGCCAAGACAAUUCUAUGCUUCGGAUAUCCGUGUCCAUGAACAUGUUAGCCGGAGAUAUACUGUUCAAAGCACCAACCCCUACAUUAAACCAAAAACCUAUCUCCAAUGGUGAUAUACAGCAACGCGAAGACACAGAAUAUCCUAGCAGCGGUUUUGGUAGUUUGCCGAACAAACGUUCGUUGUUUCCAUCAGACAUUCCAUCCAUGGGCGGCUUAGAAAAACAUGACGCCGAGUCAAAUCAAAAUCAUUCAGAACAACAAGAGGAUGAUGCGACUAUUCAUGACACCGUAGCACCCGUUGCGAAUCAUGUGAAUAACUCGAGUGGACAUUCCCGUAACUCUUCGAAUACCAGCAAAGGUUCUAGUUCUUACAACUCUCAUUCAAGACAUAGCAGUUCCGGCGAGAGCGGACAUGUUCGGUCGCCGUCUUGGCCCGUGUGGUCUCCUACCUUGUCGCCAACACCGGGCACCCCGCCACCUUCGCCACCACAUCAACAUCCUCCAACCACACCCUCGUGGAGCAGCUCCCGAUCCAGGUUCUGGUCACUACGCCAAUCUAAGCAGCAGCAGCCGUCGUCACCUCAAGUGUGCACUCAUCAGGAUUUGUUCCGGACGCCUGACAACAAAAACGGCGGCGGGUUCCGGUUCCCUCCAUGGUCCGGACCGUCAGCCCGAACUAACUCGUCGCCCGGCCUGUUGCCCUUAACCCCCGACUCCCCUAGGGGCGGUAGUAUGCACCACCGAAAACUGUUGUUGGACAACACGGCUGGUGGUUGCGUCGCGACACUGCCGGGCUUACUCAACAUGAACUCGUUACAGAAGCUACCGGAACUGGAUAAAUUGCUCAGCACUUCCGACAGUAUUGUGUCGUCCCCGUUCAGGCGACCGAGCCAAAUUCUGACGUCCAGUGGCACGGCCAUAUCCGCGUCGCAAGCGUCGCCCGUGCUCAGCGGUGUUGAGGCCGGUUCGUUGGAUCGCGGCAAGGCGGCGUUGGAGAGGCGCAACAAGAAGUCGGGUGGCGUCACGGGCGGCAGUGUCGCCGACGACAGUUGUGCGAAGGUCACAGGGCGCGUGGAGGUGACUAGGGUGAACCCGGACAGUCUAAUCGACCAACUGCUCAAAGCGACGAAUUUGGACGACCAGUCGGCGGACGAGGACAGCAAGCACAGACCUGGGCUGCAGUUAUUCAUCGCGAAAGACGGCACGACCACGCUUGGCAGUCAAGAUAUCAAUCGUCACAUGUCCAACAGUUUGUUCAAACAGGUCGUUAUGGAAGACAAUAGAUAACGCCCAAAGUUUAUGCCUUCGAUUAACAUUUUAUUUAAGAAUUCACGAGCUUAAUGCUUUCCUCCCCUCAUAAAAAGCUGACGGUGACCGAGUGUCUAUCAUAGGUUAAGUCCACGGUGCUGCUUUCUAUUAAUUUUUAAAGCACAUUUGUCGCUGCUAAGUCAAUUUUCAAAUCCACUGUCGCGGUCAUAAUUGUCGUUGUCUUUUGAUCAUCAGUUUUAAUGACAGCAUUUUUUAUGUUAAUUAUUUAUAUACAACAAUGAUGUAACGUUGCAAUUUUUUUUUUAUUAAUAUUACAUUAUGUUGUUAUGUGUGUUCUGUUCUUUUCAUGUGAGCCAUGUGAUCGGACAGUAGAACUAUAACUUUAUAUUUAUAAAUCAUGUUUGGAUCAUAUUGAUCCUUAUUGUGUAGCUUGUUAUCAAGAAUACAUAUAUUUUAUACCUUUUCACGUAUCAUUGUGUCAUGUAAAACAGCAAUGUAUUCGAUAGUCCAUAUCGUGAAAUGAACGAUUAAGUCACAAUUAAAACAAUGUUCCUUUAAACGUUAUUGGCGUGUGAAAUGACAUUUGUUGAAUGUAUAAUAAACAGUACAUGUUGUUUUUAUUAUAAAACUUAUUGUAAAAGACAGUCAUCAAACAAAUAAUUCAUAUAAAUUUACACAUAUAAAUACAGUCCGUAUAGGUACUUAUGUAUACAUACCACAUAUUAUCUACAAUAUAUGUAUAGAUUAAACGAAUCGCUAGUAAUCCAUAAUAAUCAGUCAUAAACCAUUGUAUGUAUUCAAUGUGUACCAUAAGUAUUUUCACUGUUUUCAUUUAUGAAUUAUGCCACAAAACUAAUCAGACUCCCUAUAUCCUCGUCAAUUUCGAAACAAUAUUUAUUUCAAUGUCUUAUA